UUUGACAUGCUGAGUGUCAUUUGUUAAACUUUAGGGCAUAGAAAACUGAAACAUGUAUAGUAAAACGCGUACAACUGCGCAAUGUGACAUAUCACGAUAUUUCAUGAAUGAUUAUGGAUAGAUUAAGUAUAGAACAAAUUGCCAUUCUUGUACAAUGCCGUAGCUUUGAGUAAAUUGUCUGAAAAAUCAAACAAAUCGGGUAAACAUUUGUAAAAAAUGUCAAAACUGAGGCAAAAAUUUUGUAGAGCUCCGUCACUUUGCCUAGCUUUUUGUAGUUCCUGGCAAUGAAAAAAUGCAAUAGAGCAUUUUUAAUUGUGCUAAAAUUAAACCGUAUUUCAUCUAAAGCACAAAAGAUUCAGUGCUCUAUUCAUAUUUUAUAAAGGGCAAAUAACAGCACGGCACCCACUAACUUGACGUUCAAAGGAAACAAAACAAUCAAUCGAAACUGCAAAAAAAAACAAAUUAAUGUCAUUUCCAUUUCUACAGAUGUUCUAAAAUGAACGCAUUCUUAAGUGAAACGAUUAAACUGAUUAGAAUGAUUCAUAACUAAAGUCACUCAGUCUUUGUAGCCUUUUCAUUAUUGCCAACUCCUCUAUGCACUCUGUAACUGACGAAAAAAAUUUUGGUCUGAUCGUUAAAACAUGAAGUACAAAUUGGAUGGACCUAGUAACGCACCUAUAAAUAGCAAGUGGCACGUAUAAUCAUACUGCUGGCCGAUACCGUUUUGAGAAAUUUUCGGUCUUAAUUUUGACUGCAAAAAGAAUGAUAAAAUUAUUUACAUAGCUGGCACGGGAGGAGCCAGUACGAACUUUUCACUCCUAUAAUGCAAUUUUUACCAUGAUUUUUUACUAAUUUUUUUAAAAUUUAAGUUUUACGAUGGCCCGUAAGGGACAUCAGCAAACAUAAUAUGUGGUGGCAAACAUUUAAAUCGUGGAAGCAAACAUUUAAAUCGUGGAAACAAACUUUUAAAUCGUGGAAGCAAACAUUUAAAUCGUGGAUGCAAACUUUUAAAUUGUGGAAGCAAACAUUUAAAUCGUGGAUGCAAACUUUUAAAUGUGGAAGCAAACAUUUAAAUCGUGGAAGCAAACUUUUAAAUCGUGGAAGCAAACUUUUAAUAUAAAUCGUGGCUGCAAAAUUUAAGCAGCUUGUACCAAAAUCGAGCGUAUCUUUUUAACGUAAGUUAAUAGCGUUGAUACUAAAGCGAUAUCUUGCGAAAUGCUCGUUCAACAUUCCCAUUAUGUAUUGUAUCUUUUGCGGACUCGUUAGUGGAGUUGAUGAGAUUUGCGACGACUGUUCAGCGCAACCUAACCACGAACAGCUGAUAACGAACUACUUUCAUCGUGGUUAUCCCUAUGAAGCGAUUGUGGGACUUUUAGAAAAGAAAGGAAUUGAUAUGUGUUUAAAAACUCUAAAGAGGGAUUUAAACGCUCUUGGUUUGAGAAGGCGAGGUAAUCCCAUGCCGAUUGAAAGAAAUCGCAUACGUGCUGCAGUUCUUGAAGAAAUGCAUGGACCUGGCAGACUCUCUGGUUAUAGAAGCAUUUGGCAUGCAUUACGUUUAAGGCAUCGAAUUCAUGUUCCUCGCAAGUUGGUGGCGGAUUUAAUGAAAGAAAUUGAUCCUGUUGGCGUCGAAGAACGUAGAGCCCGAAGAUUGAGAAGACGAACUUUCAACUCAGCUGGAGCAAAUGCAACUUGGCACGUGGAUGGUAGGUACCAAUGGAUUGACUCACUACAAAUAUGA